AUGCUUUCGUCUUUCAUUUUUACCGCCCUCGCUUUGCUUUCUGUUGUGCCUGCUCUCGCAGCACCAACAGGUGAUCUUCUCAAGCGUGCUGCACUCCCAGCUUAUGCUUUGACCUACGCACCUUACACGUACCUUCAGAGUGGUGAAUCAUGGUUCCCCUCGGAUGUUGCAACUCACGUCAAACACAUGUCCGUCGAGUACAACUACAAGAAUGUGUCCACCUCUGUCUCGCUCAAGACAUUGGAUACAUUCAACUCGUCCACUUACUUGACAAGCUAUGACAACGUCGAGACCAACCCUGCUUGGCUGACAAGCACAUAUGGCAAGCCUAAUGCCAAGGGUUACAGUGCUGCCCCUGCUACUAUUAUUGCUGUUGAGAAGGAAGGUUUCGUUGACGUUUUCUAUUUCUACUUCUACAGCUAUAAUCAUGGAAGUCUUGUCUUGGGAAGCAGAGUCGACAACCAUGUUGGAGAUUGGGAGCACAGCAUGAUCCGCUUUUCCACUGCAGGCGUUCCUCAGAAUGUCUACUACUCGGCUCACAGCAACGGCAGCGCCUACACCUACGCUGCCGUCCAGAAAGUCGGCGUUCGUCCAGUCGUGUACUCUGCCGCUGGUAGCCAUGCAAACUAUGCUACUGCAGGCACUCAAAAAAUUUACCCAAUCGUUGGCAAUAUCGUCACUGACACCACUGACGCCGGUUUCUACUGGGAUGUUUCCCAGAACUACCGCGGCUACUACUACGAUCCCUCCAGCAACACUGUCACCAAUGCUGGCGGUGCUGAUAUCGGUGGUACGGAGCAGGCUACUGAGACAGUUGACUGGCUCUACUGGAGUGGUAUGUGGGGAGAUGAGCAAUAUCCUGAUAGUGACAAGAGACAAAGCUGUGCUCUUGGAAUCGAUGACUUGUGUCACUACCAGAGCGGACCUACUGGACCUCUCACCAAGAACCUUGGCCGUACCGCUGUCUGCCAGAAGGAGGAUGGCUGCACAGUCCAGACGUCAAUCUAA